UUAUUAGGUUGAAAAGGCAUUUGUUAGUUGCGUGGAGGAAGGAAGAAGUUUGUGGGGAACGAAAGAGGAUGGAGAACAGGGUAACAUUACAAGAAUGGUUUGACCGCGUUGACUCGGAGAAAAGUGGAAGCAUUACGGCGGUGCAGCUGAAGGCAGCUCUGGCUGUGGGCAACCUGCAAUUCCCCCUCUCAGUGGUUCACCAGAUGAUCAGGAUGUACGAUUUCGACAGGAAUGGUACCAUGAGCUUUCAAGAAUUUGUUGCACUCAACAACUUCCUUCUUAAGGUUCAACAUGCAUUUUCGGACCUAGAGAGGGGUCGUGGUUUUCUUGUGCCUGAUGAUGUAUUUGAGGCUUUGGUAAAAAUUGGUUUCAAGCUGGAUUCUCCUGCUUUUUACACUGUCUGUGAGAGCUUUGAUCAAAGUAAAAAUGGAAGGUUUCGGCUGGACGACUUCAUAUCAAUCUGUAUAUUCUUACAAUCAGCACGGAAUCUGUUUAAUUCUUUUGAUACAGCAAAACAAGGCAGAGUUACUCUCGAUCUGAAUCAAUUUGUGUAUUGUACUGCCAAUUGCAGAAUAUGAUUGAACAUAUGAUGGCUUGGGAAGAUGAUUCUCGAGUACUUCACUUUGUCAACUACCAUUAAGUCAUCUUAGAGGGAGGUAAUUUGUGAUCACGAAUAAGAUGAAAACAUUUUGGGUUUGGAACGCUACUUGUCAUCUGUUUGCAAAAUACAGUUUUUUUUAUAAUGUAAUUUCAUUUUAAAACGAAGUCGUUAUGAAACAUACUCAGUUACCACCCACAAAAGUAUGUCUUGAUGAUAAGAUAAAAUUUGAUG